CCAAGUGGAUCUCUCUGUACUGGUUCGGAGUAAGUGGAUUGGUGAGUGAAGCGACUCUCAUCUAGUUGAUACUCCUGACUCUAGGCUGGUUUUAGUGGAUCGGCUUAAGGAGGGAUCGCAGGUGAAAGAAAAUCUCUUACGUGAAAUAUGACCAGUCCCUCGCACCCUCCAAAACACAGUGUAUCCCUGGACCUUGAUGAUACUCAAGGUGACGAUGGGUCUACAAAUAAUGACACGUUCCCUCUCUCCUCACUUGCAAACCUGUUUGAGAAUGAAGAGGGGACAGUACCCCCAGAGGUAACGCGAACUCCACAGCCUACUGCGGAUGGCAGACAAAACCUAAAGAUAAGGUUUCAAGGAGCUUUUAAAAAAGGAAUGCCCAACCCUAUGGAUCUUCUGGAGUCAACCAUCUAUGAGUCCUCAGUUGUUCCAGGACCAAAGAAAGCACCCAUGGACUCUUUGUUUGACUAUGGUACUUACCGUCAUCACCCUACUGAAAACAGGCGCAAGAGGAAGAAGAUUCUUGCAGAGAAGGAGAAUCAAAAUUCCCAGAAACCAAGUCCUGACCCCCCUCCAGUAAUCAAGAUGUUCAAUAGACAUAUUCUUUUUGACAUUGUAUCGAGAGGAUCCACAGCCGAGCUCGAGGGAUUCUUGCCUUUCUUGUUGGCUCAGAAAAAGCGGCUGACUGAUGAGGAAUUUCGAGAGCCCUCGACAGGGAAGACUUGCCUACCUAAAGCACUGCUAAACUUGAACGGAGGAAAAAAUGACACUAUUCCGAUGUUGGUAGACAUUGCUGAGAAAACUGGCAAUCUCCGUGAAUUCAUCAACUCUCCGUUCCGUGACGUUUAUUACAGAGGACAAACAGCCCUUCAUAUAGCUAUCGAAAGACGAUGUAAACAUUAUGUGGAGCUGCUAGUAGAGAAGGGUGCUGAUGUUCAUGCCCAGGCCAGAGGUCGAUUUUUCCAACCAAGAGAUGAGGGUGGAUACUUCUAUUUUGGUGAGCUCCCGCUAUCUCUGGCAGCUUGCACCAACCAACCUGACAUUGUGCACUACCUGACAGAGAAUGCUCAUAAGAACGCAGACUUGCGGCGCCAGGACACACGAGGCAACACUGUAUUACAUGCUUUGGUGGCCAUUGCAGACAACACGAGGGAAAAUACAAAGUUUGUAACAAAGAUGUAUGACCUUUUGGUCAUUAAAUGUGCCAAACUAUACCCUGACUGUAGCCUGGAGGCUAUCCUCAACAAUGAUGGGAUGUCACCACUUAUGAUGGCUGCCAAGCUGGGCAAAAUUGGGAUAUUUCAGCACAUUAUUCGACUUGAAAUAAAGGAUGAAGAUGCACGCCACCUCUCACGGAAAUUCCGUGACUGGGCAUACGGUCCUGUCUACUCCUCGCUGUAUGAUUUGUCUUCGUUAGACACUUGUGGAGAAGAAGUCUCUGUUCUGGAAAUCUUAGUUUACAAUAGCAAGGUUGAGAACCGCCAUGAGAUGUUGGCCGUAGAGCCUAUCAAUGAACUCUUAAGAGAUAAAUGGAGGAAGUUUGGUGCUGUCUCCUUCUAUACCAGUGUUGUAUCCUAUCUAAUUUCCAUGGUCAUCUUUACCUUGAUUGCAUACUACAGGCCCAUGGAAGGCAAACCUCCUUACCCCUACAGGACCACAAUGGAUUACUUGCGACUAGCUGGAGAGGUGAUAACUCUAAUGACAGGCAUAGUUUUCUUCUUUACCAACAUGAAAGAUCUGUUCAUGAAAAAGUGCCCGGGUGUGAAUUCCUUGUUUAUCGAUGGAUCGUUUCAAUUGCUUUAUUUUAUCUACUCGGUGCUGAUCAUUAUAACCGCUUCGUUGUAUCUGGCUGGAAUUGAGGCUUACCUGGCUGUCAUGGUGUUUGCCUUAGUCUUGGGGUGGAUGAAUGCUUUGUACUUCACCAGAGGCUUGAAACUGACCGGGACCUACAGCAUCAUGCUUCAGAAGAUCCUGUUUAAAGAUUUAUUUCGCUUCCUGCUUGUGUACCUCCUGUUUAUGAUUGGAUAUGCUUCAGCUUUGGUGUCCCUGCUGAACCCAUGCCCUACAAAUGAGACCUGCAACGGUAAUGGCACAGAUUGCACUGUGCCGGAGUAUCCAUCGUGUCGGGACAGCAGCACCUUUAGCAAGUUCCUGCUGGACCUCUUCAAACUGACCAUUGGCAUGGGUGACCUGGAUAUGAUCAACAGUGCUAAGUAUCCAGCUGUCUUCAUCAUACUGUUAGUGACCUACAUCAUUCUCACUUUCGUCCUCCUACUUAACAUGUUGAUCGCAUUAAUGGGGGAGACGGUUGGCCAAGUUUCCAAGGAAAGCAAGCAGAUCUGGAAAUUACAGUGGGCCACAACCAUCUUGGAUAUAGAAAGGCUUUUUCCAGUCUUUAUAAGAAAAGCCUUCCGCUCAGGGGAGAUGGUAACAGUUGGGAAGAAUAUUGAUGGGACACCGGAUCGGCGCUGGUGUUUUAGAGUCGAUGAGGUAAACUGGUCUCAUUGGAACCAGAAUCUUGGCAUCAUUAAUGAGGAUCCAGGGAGGAGCGAUACAUAUCAAUAUUAUGGGUUCUCACAGACUGUGGGACGUCUGAGGAGAGAUCGGUGGUCUGUGGUGGUCCCUAGAGUGGUAGAACUGAAUAAAAACACAAAUCAUAAUGAUGAUGUUGUAGUACCUCUGGAUCACAUUUCAAGAGCACAUUCACCUUACCAAAGACAUGGAUACCCCCAGAACUGGAAGAAAGACGAGACUCAUAUCUAGCAGCUCUAAGCCAUAAAUUCUCGGUCUGUGUCCAUGGAAGCCAGCAGUAUACUGUGCUCAAGAUGGCCCAGAACCAGUAUUUGCUGCUAACCAGUUUUUGGAACAUUCGCACUUUUGCACAAAUAUGUAUUCUUACCUGGCUGAAAUAAUUACUGCAGUAUCUCAGAAUUCCUGAUCUUGACGAUAAAUGGACUUGGAUUAUUGGUUUAUAUUUAUUUUUUUAAGUAAAGUUAAAAGUUUUUAUUUGUAAAUGUGUUUUAAUACAUGGAUAUCUUAAGAGACCAGGCAACAUAAGCAGACAACGAGAUGGUGCUGCAUUAAGUACAAUAUCCUGCAAUAAGGCAGAAUGGAUAUUAAGGUUAUUUUAAAUUAAUAAAAUCAUUAAGUAUUUCCCAUUUUCUUAAUAAAAGUGUAUUGUGAAAAUGGGAACAGAAUCAAAAUGAAAACAGCUGACAUAAGCUCUCUGGGCACUACAUUUGCAAGCAGC